AUUAACUUCCGAAAACCUCUGAUUACGUCACCGUCACACGCGCAGCCUCCGACCCAUCUCUGUAGAAAGGUGUGGAUUUGCAGUACUGACAAUGGGAGCCAUAAUUUCACGGUGGAAGACUAAAGCUUCCACAGUGGAACUUCUAGAGGCACUGGAUAAGGACACGAAGGACCUUGAGGAGUUUCGUGCAAAGAACCAGCGUUUGCUGAAAUUGUGGGUGGGCCGACUUCUCUUCUACUCAUCUGCUCUGUACCUGAUCACGUGUCUGUGUGUGUAUUACCUGUACUUUCCUGAGCAGUGGAGCGCUCGGCUCAUCACUGCCCUGCCUCUGCUGGCCUUUCCUGCACUAGUGUUGCUACUACGAAAACUGCUCGUCUUCCUUUUCUCCAAACGUACAGAGAGAAACAAUGAAAAAUUAGAUGAUUUAAAAGCACAGAAACGGAAAAUACUUGAGGAGGUGAUGGAAACGGAGACCUACAAAAAUGCUAAACUCAUAUUGGAGAGAUUUGAUCCAGAAUCUAAAAAGAAAGCAGAAGCAGAAGCCACUCCAGUCAGACCCCACAUGACCCCUAGACCAGGACAAGACCUUCGGCAGCGGCAUGUUGCAAUGGCUAGUCCUGGUCCAGUACCCAGUCCCAUGUCCCCAGGAGCCACACCCCUUCGCGGAGCCCCAGGAGGGCCUCCAGAGAAAGGGCUAGCCAGGUCUGUAGCCAGCCCAACAGGAGCGAGCCAAGCAGAAACACCACAACAAAUGAUGAGAAGCAUGAACCCUUAUUCACCAGGACCUGGCUCAGGUAUGCGUCCUCCUGGUCCACCUCUUGCUCGACCCAUCCUUCCACGAGAGCGCAGCGCUGUGGACAGAGUCAUUGAGUAUUUGGUGGGAGAUGGACCUCAGAACAGAUAUGCAUUGAUUUGCCAGCAGUGUUUUUCCCACAAUGGUAUGGCUUUGAAGGAGGAAUUUGAGUAUGCAGCAUUCCGUUGUGCUUAUUGCUACUUCAUGAACCCGGCAAGAAAGACACGCCCCCAGGCCCCCAGACUCCCAGAAUUCAGUUUUGAGCGCAGACUUUGCUCUGAAUCUCCUGAAACACAGUCUUCUGCUGCCACAGAGACACCAGAGGACAGUGACGCCCCUGAAGACCGUAUUGUCUCGACUCCUGCCACUCGUGUUUCACACUCUGGCACCCCUUGGAGUAAAGUUCAUAGUUUCAAGAAAUUUCCCUCAGAUGACAUAGAAAGAACUACAACUGCUGAGCCUCAGGACCCUACCGCUGAAGAUCCACCUGCUGCACAUGAAUCAGAGAAAGAAGAGGCACAGUCUCAACAGAGCCCGCCCCCCUCAGAGAAUGUCCAACAGGAAGAGGCUGGAGCUCAGGGGCAACAGCAGAAAGAGGAUGAAUCAAACUAAACUGUGUUUAAAUGCAGUUUAAACAUGCAUGAUCAAUGCCGUUCGCUACAGCUUUUGGUUUUUGGGAUGUUUGGUUUUAACUUCACCCUAAGCAUGUUCAUUUAGUACUUCUUAGUAAUUCUGGAGGCUGUUAAGAGUUUUUACUGCUAAUUUAUUUAUAUAUGCACCACAGUGUUUACAUAUAGUGGGCUAAAUAUCAUAUCACAUUACAGUUUUGGUGUGAUGUCACCCAGUACAAUACAUGUGCAUGGUUUGUUUAUGAGGGUGAUUUCACAAAACAAACUGCAAUUGCUAAAGUCAGAAUAGUAUCAUUUUACAGUGUUGGCAUUCAGUUGUGUAGUAAAUAAGGACAGGAUACAUUUUACAGAUUUUAUCUGUCUUUGUGUUUACAGAAUUAUUUGAAACCGCAAGCUGAACAAAAAUACACUCUGACAAACGCAUAGUCCUUGUAGGGGAGUGAUGUUUUCUUUUUGCUAAAUGCACUAUUUUGAGUAUUAAAUAUUUAUUAUUUUGUUUUGAAUUGUUUUAAUUGCUUGUUUUUUGUGGCCAACAGUUUGUUUACGUAUUUGUGUAUAAUUCAACUGUCUUGUGCCUUUCUGGUUAGGAAUAUGUCUAGGUUUUAACUGCACAGUUUACAAAAUUGCAAAAUUUGCCAGAAAUAAUACAUUGGAUGUUUUCUGCAUUGCUGUCUAUGCUUUACAAGUCAUCUGAUGCCAGAGGUGACACUGGUAUUUAUUCAUGAAUUAAAAAAAAAAAAAAAAAAGGUGGUGAUGAUAAUUUUGUAAUCAAUUGUGCCUCUGCAUUUUGCAUUAGUUAAUUCAUUUCCAUGUUCGUUGUGAAUUGACUCUUAUCUCAAUAAGCAACACAAAAUUCAUGUGCUUUGGAACUGGAGGUGUCCACUUGUUCUUGUUUGUCUGUACUUGCAAGUUGUUGUGCACAUGUCUGUUGCAUUUACAGACUGGAUUGUGUGCAUGUUAAAUCCAAUAAAACAUCUUUUUCUAAAGAAUGGUUCUU